UACAUUAUUUUCUGAUGUUCUUUUUAUUAACGAGUUACUUUAUUUGGGUCCAUUAGAUAGUCGUCAUGUCAGUUAUGGAAUAUUUCCAUGAUAGAGGAUAACGAUAUAAACAACUGCCCUACUGUUCCUGUCUUCGUUCUUCUUUCCAUCUUUCACUUUGCUUUAUUUUAACGUAUUUUUCCAACAUCAGAGAAGAUAUUGAUAAGAUCAAAAUGGGAGAUCUUGAGGACCUGGAAGAGUUCAUGGAGGCUGUGACGACAUACCGCUGUAAGUUCUGCCCAUUCACUGCAACAACCACAGGCGAUAUGGCCCAACAUGUUCGAGCCACUCACAUAGUGUCAAACAAGUCCAGGAAGCCAGUAACAGUCACUAAUCCACCUGAUACAGAGAAAGUACCUACAUCUCUCGCACAGAGUCACGGAGGCACUUCUGAUGCAUCAGCUGAAUCUGUUUCAACAGUACAAGUUGCCUUGGGUCCCACUGAACAGUUAAAUACAGUUAAUCAGGAGACAUCAGGCGACAUGGCAAGUCUGUUAAAUUAUCCACGGACUCCAUUACCACAAACUCUUGCUACUUGUAAUUCUGCCACAAAUACCGUGGUUACCUCUAAUAGUGACAGUUUAAUAAACCAAAACUUUCAAGUACUUGGCCAGUUAGAAAAUGGACAGAUUUUGCUGCGAAACAGUCAAAGCACUUCUACGAAUUCUAAUGAGUUGGUUCAAGUGUUGGUUGAAAAUGUGGCAGAAGAAGUGGAUUCGUCGAGAUCACAGGGCUUUGUUAGUGAGAGUGGGGAAUCUUACAUCAUUGGCAGGGAAGAUGGAAUGUCAUUUGAUCCCAAAACAUAUUCAGAAAUGAAAGAAACAAACAUUGAAAACUUUGCUGGAGAAGAUGACGAUGAUGCAAGCACUAAAGAGCUGUAUUUAUGUGGCACAUGUAGUGAGGGAUUUCCCUCCAUACAAGACUGCAAGGCCCACAUGAUUGAGGUACAUGAUGUUAGCGAGUUCCAGACUGGCCAAACCGGUUUCACAAGGAAAGUUGAUGCAGGGACCCAGAUGGAACCAAAAAAGCGGGGGAGAAAGAAGAAAGUCGAAGCAGAAAGAAUGAAGCAAGAGAAACUUGAUAAAGAGGCGGAUCAUGAAGAUGAGGAUGAUGAAGUAAGCCUGCAUCUGUCUGACUCAGACGAAGACUGGACUUCAAAUAUCUCCUCAUAUUCCACAAGAAGUAGGCGAAAUAGAAGACCACCGCAGGCUUUGAGACAGGAUUACUAUCUUGGGCGAAGAAAAAAUAAAGAAGAAAGAAGACCUACUCCUGUUGACGUGGGGAUUAAGUGUAACAGUAGGGGAUGUGGUCUGAAGUUUGCCACUACGGAAUUGAUGGAAAAGCAUCUCGAGUUUCAUAUUGAUGAUGCCACUUCUGGACCGAAUAUUUUCAAGUGUACCUCGUGUGAGGAAACAUUCCCGAUCUGGAAAGCCCUGAAGAUCCACGCCUGGAAGUCUCACACCAUGGAUUUGGGCCUUCUUAAAUGUCCACAUUGUGACUUUAGGACAGAAAACCACAGUAAACUCAAGAUUCACAUGGCUAUCCAUGGCAGUGACCGUCCGUAUGUCUGCGGCCAGUGUGGCAAGGCCUUUAAACAGCUGUCCCAACUGAAAAACCAUGAGUACACGCACAUUGACAGGACCAGGGGUGGAUCUGACCAGAGCCAAAAGGCUUGUGACAUCUGUGGCCGCAUGUUCGUCAGUCUGAAGUGCAUGAAGAUCCAUCGUGACACUGUACACAGUGGGAGGAAGCCGUUCAAGUGCCGCUUCUGUGACCAUGCAUGCUCUAGGAAGGCCAUGUUGGUUCUACACGAGCGAACACAUACAGGGGAGAAACCAUUUAAAUGCACCAUGUGUGCCUAUGUAUGCAGCGACCACAACUCUUUACGGCGUCACAAAAUGCGACACAGUGGAUUGAAACCCUACCAAUGCCCUCACUGUCCAUAUUCCUGCAUACAGGCGAUAUCCCUCAAGGUCCACGUCAAGAACAAACACCCAGGUAUGGGAGGAAUCUUCUGCUGUAACCUUUGCCUGUUCAGAUCUGUGAGCAGAGACCAAUUCAACAAGCAUGUCCAGGACCAUCAAAACGGUCUUAUUCCUUCAGAUACUGACACCUUGACCUUGGUUGAAGGUCGUCUAGUUUCUCAGACGGUCAAAACUAAAAAGGGCCAAAGAAGGCCGUUGAUGAAACCAGUGAGGACAAUAUAUUCAGGGCUUAACAGCCCUGCACAGCAGAACAUUAUGUGUUUAGUACAGCAACCGAAUAUGAGCACUCAGCAUAUUAUUGAGGUGCCAGUAUCCUCGGGUAGCGGUCAAGAGCAAAUGGCUCAUUUGCAGAUUGAGUUGGGAGACAACACUGUUAGAGAAGACUUGAAUAAAAUAGCAAACUUUGAAGCUUUGUCUGAUACUCAGUCAGACACUGCUACUGCUAAUCUCAUUUAUUCUGCUCUAUCAGCCAUAUCACUCCAGUCUAACAAUCAAUUUGGAAUUGGGCUCGAUCCAGAAGACUUAGUGUCUAAAGUUGAGAGUGGUGAUAUUCAGACAUCUAUUGAAACAAACUCAAACAAAGAUGGAGUCACAACACACACGAUUACCUUCCAACUGCCUGAUGGUGGAGAGCUUUUAGGGGGAGUAACUCUGCAGGAAAGUUCAGAAGAGAAAGAUGCAGUGACUAUGAUAGAAGUGGAAAAUGCAGGAAGUGAAUGGCAGAAUAAUCCAGAGGGUCAAAACAUUGUUGAAUUGAUUGAGUCUGGGUCAUAGAAGAAGCUCACCAGGGGCGGUUUCAAUAUAUUGACAUCAUAGUUGAACCUAGUGUCAUACUCUGGUUAUUUUGCUGCAUCUUGGUAAAAUUGGCUAGUAUUUAAAACGAGUACAAAGUUGUGAAGUAAAAAAAGGUUUUGAAGAAAAAAGAGUCAAGGUAUUGUCAUGGCCUUGGGUGUCUUGUCUAUCACAAACUGUUCAAGAUAUUUAGAUAAAACUUCGUACCCAUGUUACCAGAGACAAUACGCAUAAACACAGCAUUUCUAAAACCCUGGCUCCUUAAUGUUAUUUGUUGUGAAGCAGCAGAUGAGCAUUGAAAUUCCCUCUGCAGCAAUUUUAUGUUGAUUAAAUGAACAAAAAACGUGUUUUAGGGUUAUGAAUGGAUUUUGUUUUUUUUAGUUAACAGUUAAGUCACAGAUGUUUAUACUGUUCAAGAUAGAUUUCUUGUUUGCUCUAUAUCGCCUAACGAAAAGAUCGUGAUUUAAGGGACAGACACCAGAUGGUCCAAAAAUCUGCAAAUACAGUAUUUCCUCUAAACAAGCCUUGAAUGUUCAAUGUAUGCUAGUAGGAGGCUGAUAAUACAUCAUUUUACAUGUUCAAAAAAAAUAAACACAACACUCAUGUUGCAGUCUCAUCUGAGUUUCUCCAUUUAAAAAUAGCGCAUACAUUCCCAGUUUAAAUCAUAUCUGUUUAUGAGUAAAGAUAAAUUGACCGACGCUAAUACUAAACAUGCUGGGAUUUACAUUGUAGACAAUCCCAGUAAAUUUUGGAAUUGGAAAAAUGCCCCAAAACUGCGAAAGAUGCAUGUGUCAUAAGUGAUGUGAUACAUCAGUAAGUAAGAUUUAAUGUGUUGUACACAACCAUGUCAGUUUUUGACAAUAAACUUUUUACUUGCAAUUGUAUCAUCUGGUGUCUUGUCCCUUUUUAAAUUGAAAAUUCAAAAUAAAAAUUGAAUUAACUUUUCAUUAUGGCGGCCUAUUUCAUCAACAAAUGGUUUUGAACAAUACAAUAUGGGAUUUGCCAUCUUAUACCCUUCAGACAAUUUAAAUGUUACUUAAAAUUUCAAGAGUCCUGUCAUUAUUUUAUUUAUUGUACUAGGUACAACAGGGUAGAAUAAGCGAAUUACGGAGGUUUCGUCAACUCUCCAGUUCGUCACACUUGUUCUAUAUAGUAAAUUGCCAAGAUGUUUCGUCACACCUAUUAGCGGUUUCGUCAACUUAAUUGUUUAGAACUAUUUCACACAUUUAUGCGAAACCAAUUAGCUUAAACAGUUGAUGACCCAAUUAAUCGCACGUGUCAGCGUGUGUGUGGGCUUUAAUGUGAUAGUGCUAAUGAGACAUCGGCGUGUGUUUGUACAUUUCUAUCAGUUUGCCAUCUUAGUGAUGGAUGUCAAUAAGUCAGAUUGCUUAAAAGCAAUGUUCGAUCUUGUUUUGUCACCAAUCAUGGCCUCUAUAACCAACUGCGUACAUUGCUCUAAAAUAGUAACUGCUCGCAUGCAUGCGAUCUGUUGCGACGUGUGUGAACGUUGGCAACAUUGUAAAUGCAAUUCAGGGGUAUCUGCGCAGCAGUACCAACAGAUGGUAAAAAAUGAGCUAAAUCUGGCAUGGAAAUGUGAUGAAUGCCGAAUGGAUGUCGACGAUCAGUCCAAUUCUACGGCAUCGAUAGAUAUAUCUCUUCCGGCUAUGAACAUCAGUGCAUCGCCUAUGUGAAGCUUUUGAUCGGCAGAUUUGCAUUAUUGUAUAUUUGUAUUAUAUUUUAUUGAAAUUCUCCUAGUACAAUAUCAUAACAUAAACCACAUUUAUUAUUCAUAUUUUAGCGAAAUCAAACAAUAUAGUUUUCCUUAAGAGCAAGUGCUAUAUGGUUUUACCGUAAGUUACUAUUUUGCUUGAUGUCUAGAUUUGGUAAGAUUAUAACUACAUUGUAUAAUUACUUUAAAUUAAGUCAAUCAAAUGUUCAAAUUGUUGUUAUUGUUUACAUUUUUGUUGAAAAUAAACUGU